AGUCAUAAUAUAAAGAACAGUUUGACAUGAACCACCUUCAUUGUGGUUUCCACACCCAGCGAGAAGAGUCAAUCAAGUUUUCUUUAAAUUUCUAGAAAAGUCUAUCAGUUUCUUUAUAUUUUGUGUGUGUGUUUUAUUAUAAUUUUUAACAUCAAAAUGUCGACCCCAUACAACGGCAAGAAACGAUGUUUUGGCGAAUAUAAAUGCCCAGAAUGCAACCGAAAGUGGAUGAGUGCCAAUUCCUGGGCAAACUAUGGCCAGGAGUGUACUCAAUGUAAAAUCAACGUUAUGCCACAUAAACAGACGCCGCUCGAGAAACCAAAGGGUUUGGACAAGAGUGAUCCAAAGAAGAGACAUCCAAUGGAACUUUGUCAGAAGUGUAAACAAUUGGGUGUUUACUGCGGAAGUACCUAUAGUUAUCGCUAAUAUUAUACAGGGUGUAAACGGAACUAUUCCCAAAAACGCUAUAAAAAUAUUGUGUUUGUAU